UUACAAAAAGCCGCAGAGGCCACUAUGGAAAGACUGUAUAGUGUGGCAUACCACCCGCUCUUACUUCAAGCACAGUUCAACAGCGGCUGUGCGUGUUGCAGCACCUCCUGGAAGAUCCCCUAUUGGCUCUUUCUCGGGGUAUGCGCUUGUUUUGACAACUCAUUUGAUUGUUGGAUAUGGUUUGAGAGGACGACACGGACUGCAGGUUAAACCGUAGAAUUCGUAACAGUUUCUGCAUUUUGCAACCUAUGCAUACCGGAUUAAUUUUGGUAGGCUAAACAUAGGAAUUUAGUUUAUAAACGCGCGUUCCUUAAAAAAAAAAGGGGGGGGGGAUUGACUGGAUUGAAAUGACCAUGUCCGAGGAGAAGAAUUCGGGGUCUCGGGGGAAAGAAGAAGAGAGCGAGGAUGAGAGUGAAAUCUUGGAAGAAAGCCCUUGCGGUCGCUGGCAGAAGCGAAAGGAGCAGGUGAGUCAGGGGAAUGUCCCGGGCAUCGAGACUGCCUCACUGGCCAUGGACACAGAGGAGGGAGUGGAGGUGGUGUGGAACGAAGUGCAGUUCUCCGAUAAGAAGGUCUUCAAAUCUCACGAGGAUCGAAUGAGGGAGAUGUUUGAGAGCCUGAUGCAUGUAGAUCACCCCAACAUUGUCAAGUUCCAUAAGUACUGGCUGGACACCAGGGAGAGUCGGGCAAGGGUGAUCUUCAUCACAGAGUACAUGUCAUCAGGCAGUCUCAAGCAGUUCUUAAAGAAAACAAAGAAAAACCACAAGACCAUGAAUGUCAAGGCAUGGAAGCGAUGGUGCACUCAGAUUCUGUCAGCUCUGAGUUAUCUGCAUUCCUGCCACCCGCCCAUAGUCCAUGGUAACUUGACGUGUGACACCAUCUUUAUCCAGCACAACGGACUCAUCAAGAUCGGCUCGGUGUGGCAUAGGCUGUUUGUCAAUGUUUUCCCAGAGGCGAUCUACGGAAAUGUGCAGCAUCAUCGGGAUGAUGAAACGAACCAGCACUAUUUUGCUCCUGAAUACGGCUUGGCUGAGGAUGUUUGCUCUAUUGACAUCUUCGCCUUUGGCAUAUGUACCCUGGAGAUGGCAGUGUUGGAGAUCCAGGCUAACGGGGACACUGUGGUAUCCAAAGAGGCUAUAACCAACGCCGCCCAGUCUUUAGAGGACCCACUCAUAAAGGAGUUCACCCAGUCGUGUGUACGCAUGGACGCCAAGAAGAGACCCACGGCCCAUGACCUGCUGUUUCACAGGGUCCUGUUUGAGGUGCACUCUCUUAAGCUGCUGGCUGCCCACUGCUUUAUCAACUAUCAGUAUCAGCUUCAUGAUAACUGCCUUGAAGAGAAGACCAGAACUUUUGACCCCAGUGGUGUGAUGGCUGAGAUCAAGCAUGGGGACCGGCCCGGGGUGGAGAUCAAGUACUCGAAUGUUUCGCCGCUAGAACUGGACAAAUUUCUGGAGGACGUAAAGAAUGGGAUCUAUCCCUUGAUGAACUUCCAGCGGGGCCUCACCAUGCCCCGGACCUUGUCCAUCUUCCAGGAGCGCAUGGAGACAGUGAAGACUCCCAGCCCGGAGCCCCAGGAGAUGGAGACCAGAAAGGUUGUCCAAAUGCAUUGUAACUUGGAGUUCACUGAGGAAGGCACCAGAAGUCAUCUCUCUCUCCUCCUGAAGAUGGACGACAAGCUCCAACGGCAGCUGAACUGUGACGUUCUGCCUACUGACAGCUCCAAAGACCUGGCUAGUGAGCUGGUUCACUUCGCCUUCAUCAGUGAGGAGGACUGUGAGAAGCUGGCGGGCUUUCUGGAAGACGCCCUGUGUAAGCAUUGGGCCGGGCCACCAUUGGAGGAGUCUUCCCUGGCAUAGUGAUGAUGUACCGACACAUGCUGCUGACCCAAGGGGGAUCUGGACCCUGGGAAAACUACAACAAGAAAGAGAAUUUAGGGACAGAGGGGAAGGGGGGGGGGGGGCAAUUAGUGGGGGAACUUUAAGAGUGAACAUUCCAGGACUAGGAAGUGCCAGAUUUUUGUUUUUGUGAGGCUUGUAAGGGAAGAGAGUCAGCGCUUCAAUCUGUGUGGCAAAUGUAAGCAUCAAGAAACGCUGUCUCAAAACAGAAGUGAGAAGCGAUCUCUCUUUCUACUAAACAAAGUGAGAAGCGAUCUCUCUUUCUACUAAACAAAGUGAGAAGCGAUCUCUCUUUCUACUAAACAAAGUGAGAAGCGAUCUCCCUUUCUACUAAACAGAAGUGAGAAGUGAUCUCUCUUUCUACUAAACAAAGUGAGAAGCGAUCUCCCUUUCUACUAAACAAAGUGAGAAGCGAUCUCUCUUUCUACUAAACAGAAGUGAGAAGCGAUCUCUCUUUCUACUAAACAGAAGUGAGAAGCGAUCUCUCUUUCUACUAAACAGAAGUGAGAAGCGAUCUCCCUUGCUACUAAACAGAAGUGAGAAGCGAUCUCCCUUGCUACUAAACAGAAGUGAGAAGCGAUCUCCCUUGCUACUAAACAGAAGUGAGAAGUGAUCUCUCUUUCUACUAAACAGAAGUGAGAAGCGAUCUCCCUUUCUACUAAACAGAAGUGAGAAGCGAUCUCUCUUUCUACUAAACAGAAGUGAGAAGCGAUCUCCCUUUCUACUAAACAGAAGUGAGAAGCGAUCUCCCUUGCUACUAAACAGAAGUGAGAAGUGAUCUCUUUCUACUAAACAGAAGUGAGAAGCGAUCUCCCUUGCUACUAAACAGAAGUGAGAAGUGAUCUCUUUCUACUAAACAGAAGUGAGAGGCGAUCUCUCUUUCUACUAAACAGAAGUGAGAGGCGAUCUCUCUUUCUACUAAACAGAAGUGAGAGGCGAUCUCUCUUUCUACUAAACAGAAGUGAGAAGCGAUCUCCCUUUCUACUAAACAGAAGUGAGAAGCGAUCUCCCUUUCUACUAAACAGAAGUGAGAGGCGAUCUCCCUUUCUACUAAACAGAAGUGAGAGGCGAUCUCCCUUUCUACUAAACAGAAGUGAGAAGCGAUCUCUCUUUCUACUAAACAGAAGUGCCAACCAACUCAAGCCAGAUAAGACUAUGCUAGGAGAGCUACUAUAUUUGGCCACUUCAAUGCCUCCGUCUCUCCGCACAGAUGAUGUCAAUGGCCUUGUUUAGAAUUAUAGCAAGAGACAGUGGACAAAGUAAGCAAUACGAGGAACAUAAAGGUCUUCAACAUUUACUGCUGCAUUGAGGCCUUUUUGUCCAUAAUAACCUAUUGGGCUCAAUUUUACACACGCAGCGCAGCCUUGGCAAUGACCCCAUAAAGAAAACUAAUCCAAAACUCCCACUCUCACAUGCAAGGUGAGGGUACAGACACAUUGAGAUUUUGUGUCCCAAGAUUCCAGGAUUGAGACAAUGGUUUUUCAAUGGGGAGGUCAUCCUCUGCUUGAUGACUGAUUGUCCAACGGAAGGAAAACAAACUGCAAAAUAUGUUAAGUCUUCUACAUAUACAAGUCAUCCGAAAAAAGUAGGGAUGAGUUAAACUUAUGACAAGAACGGACAAUGAUGUAGGUCAUAUACAAUUUUAUCCGUGUUCAUGCUUCUCUGUUAAGAGUUUAAUAUUUUCCUGGUAUUUUACAAAUAAAUCACUCUUCUCCCGGGUAAAAUUAUUUAUAAAGCAUAUAAAUAUGCCCAUGUCUGGAUUUGAAUAGACCGUUGAGCGAAAAUUCAAGUCUGAUGCGCCAUAUACAUUAAAGACAUUUAAUGAGCCCAAGCCACCAAAACAAACACAUGAUUGUGCGGUUAUCCAAUACAUAUAUGAUUAUAGGCUACUGCACAUUACGCAUGACAGAAAAACAUAAAAGCCCAUUGAUGUAGUUAGUUUCAUUUAUUUACCCAACAGAGCAUAUAGCUAACUCCAGUAGGCUAAUACUUCCUGAGUGUGAACUGUAUAAUAUCGACUGGAAUUACACACAUCGAUCAAACUGUGAUAAAGCCAGGAGAGAACAUGCGAUUCUGGUGCAGCACAUGCGUCCUAUAAAGUUACAAGUAUAGGUCAGCGAAAUAGUUUUUAAUUUAAGUAUAAUGGGGCCUAUUUGUAUCAUUUUAGUCGACUGACGCAUAUAUACCUUGAAAUAAUAUUUCCCCUAAUGUUAUUUGUAUAUUAUAUUUGUUUUUGCUUGCUUCCUUCUUCUCUUUCAACUGUUAAAUUAAAUACGUUUCGUUGUCCUUUAUUCUCAUAAUUCUAAAUGACAUCCUUGAACAAUAUAGGACUCGAAUUAGAUGCAGAAGGCUUUCACUUCUCUUCACAAAGAUAGAAUGGUCAUGGGUCUGAAUAAAUAACUGCUAUAGCCGACCGACAUCGCGCGUUCGCUCUUUCAAAUGAGUUAUACUGGCUGCUGUAUUUACCAUUCAGCAAACAAGCGCUUCAGUCCCUCUUCAAAUAGUCUAUUGGUAUAAGACAUGCUUAAUGUCCAAGCUAUUCUAGUCAAGCUUCUCCUGCAUGGGACUCCAACAGCUAAGGAGCAUGUUUUUAAAGAGGCCAGCAGAGCACGGGUGUGUGCGUAUUGCGCAAGAUAUAUAUAUAUAUAUAUAUUGAAUGGAGUUAGAGCGAGAAGGACUGUGUGCUCGCACGUGCACAGAUUUGAAAGCAAAGCUAUUCGAGUGAUGGGCUGUUUUUAAAACUGCAGCUGCAAUAAAACAAUUAUCUUUACAAUUUAAAAAAAUACAAGUGAUCCCUAAAGCCAGAUGUAAAGACAUUCAGUCGUUAUAUUACUGUAGCAUAGACUAUGCUGCAGAAAAUGCAGGCCUACCAUCACAAUAUAUUUUGUGUUUACCAUGAUGACAUGCUAGGUCUACAUACAUUGUGAACUGCGGUCCAUACUGAUGUUCUCUGAGCGUUGAUUCAUCAUGCAGAUGCCGUAGAGAAGCCAGAUUUUAGACAUUGGGUAUAAUUUAAGUUCCAUUCACGCCAUGCUGUUCAUAUAAAUAAUUUAUUAUAAUUUUCCGGUUUCUCGCAGUUAUUUAUCCCGAGAAAAGGGUGUGGUUUUGGGCCGUGAAUCUCAGUAACCGGGUUCCCGCCAUUCAACCCUAGUUUUCGUGUGGCCAUUCCUCUUAUGCAAAUCGUAACUUUUCGUUUGCGAUGUCUGUGAGAAAGCACAGAUUAUUGAAACAUCAUUGAAGAACAUAACACUAAAAUGUGAAGCGCGUAAUUCAAUCUCGAUGAUUAUUUUUCAAAUGUUACCGAGGCUACGCUGCGUAUGUCACCCUGGUAUGUUUCAAUGUUCUAAGGCUACAAACAAGAUGCACAAAAUUAGCAUGCAUGUUGUAUUGCUUAGUUACUUUCCAAUCAUGACCACUUCACCACAAGUGUUAUUAGUCUUUCAUAGGUCACACUCUGACCAUCACCGUUUCUGAGGAGACCGAAUCUGUGUUCCCGGCAGACAACAUUGACAUGGAACAAGGAUGGUUUUUAUGGUUGUUUUUGUGAAGGUCUUUUUUUUUAGCAAACUAAAUAAUGUGUUAAUCUGGUUGUAACAUAGCUUCUGACCAAAUCACAACCAAAAUAUACGGUCUUUUCUAUGACUUCUUUACCUUGUCAUGAAAACAUUUUUCUGGAUUUCUCUUGCUUUACCUGGUUGUAAAGAGACCCGUUGGUUUUAAUCUGGUUAUAGGACGUCUUCUCAACCAGAAAACUAGUUAACAACCAGAAAAUGUCAUAGACCAUGAGCAAAAUGUCCACUGGGUUGAUACCAUAAAUCAAACACUACUUCUGUGUUUGAGUCCGACCUAACACCUUUGCUCAAUUGCAGGGAAAGUCUGGGUUAACGACAGAUCUUCCAUACUAAAUGUCAGACAUUGAACCUGUGAAAGUAACUCAAGUUUUAAACUGGAGACAAUAGAAUAAUUUGCCAGCAAUCCCUUACACAGUAUGCUGCGUUUCUCUUUCUAAGAAUGAAAACCCUAUCAAGCUGAGAGGAAGACUUACCUCACAAUUUGAAUUCAUACAUUUUUCUGCCUCAUUGAUAUCAUUCCUUUCCGAUCUUAAUAUUUUGCUCUGUCCUUAAUGUCUUUCAGUGGAAAGUCAUAGACCUACAAGAGCUUCUGAAUUCAAUUCACUGUUGAGAAAAUGUACCUUUUUUGCUUUUCUUUACUAUGAAUUGUCAUUUUUCUUAAAUCAUAACUUGCAAUAUGCCUUUUCCAUGUUGCUGUGUGUUUUUAGUCUGUAUGAACAAAUGUCACAUGUAUCCACAUUGGAAUAUUCAUUUUUUUUUUGUGUUUUUGCAUUUGUUUUGAAAGGUCAAUCUUUAUAACUUGGUUUGAUAGGCUACACUAUGGAAAUUUAGUUGCUAAUUAUUUACCUCAGAUUUUUAGCUUGUUGACUGUAUGGUUCAUUAUACAUGCAUGACAUACUAUUAAUCGAUUUUAGCUGCAAUCAAGCCCAAGUGCCUCACUAUACACUAGUGCAGCGUUUUCCCAAACUUUGUCCUCGGGACGCCAAGGGGUGCAUGUUUUGGUUUUGCCCCCAACACUAAACAGCUGACUCAAAUAAUCAAAAGUUUGAUGAUUAGUUGAAUCAGCUGUGUAAUGCUAGGGGCAAAAAAAAACGAGGCGCAACAACCCUUGGUGUCCCGAGGACCGAGUUUAGGGAAACCCAGAACUAGUGUUACACAAACCAACUUUUUAAUACAAUUUUAGUUGCCAUUGAGCUCCCUUACUGGGCUGUAUGGAACAUGCAUGAGCCACAAUUUCCAUUUUGUAAGCCAGCAUUCAUUUAGUACACUUCAUACCAUGAAUUUGUAAAACAUUGUGGGUUCUGUUCCGCUUGAAAUAUUAUCAGAUACGGCUUAUGUUGUAAUAUCUACUUGAUUAUAUAACCGUCCAGUUGAUCAAAACCAAUGUGCUGGCAUGUUGUAUGAUGAAUGUUAAACUCAUUUGAUCAGUAAUAUUUGUUACUCCGUUGCCCAUGACUGGUCGGUACUGUGCCUCCGUAGACCUAUUUUUGGGGUCAAGCAUGUCCUGUCCACACUGUAUACAGGAGUGGAUGUCUUGAGUUGAAUUGUACUUGAGCACGCUGCAAUCGAGUCACUCUAACCCUGUUUAUACCUGGUGCUAACAUGCAGCCUUUUUCCUGCUCUUAUCCACACAUUCUGAUUCUGCCCAAUGUUUUUUUUUUUGACAAGUGCAAAUAAAAAAAAAUAUAUAUAUAUAAAAAAAAAUGCAUUGUGAUCUGAUAGGUGUAAACAGACAAGAUCAGGACGAAGGACACAUGUUAACGGCAGGUGUAAACAGACAAGAUCAGGACACAUGUUAACGGCAGGUGUAAACAGGUUCAAAUAAGGUUCUCCUCAUUUCAGCACCACUGAUGGAUUUAUGUCUACAUUCCAUAUUGUAGACAAUGAUCAUUUUCUUGGUAAAAUUUGGAGGGGUGAGGCUGUAUCAUCGAUAAUUGAAAAAUAACUAAAAACAAAUGAAAGGCCUAACACAUCCUCUUCCUUUAUCUGUUUAGCUAAAUUACAGCUCUCCUUGUAUUGAGUUGCUUCUGCCUUGUUCUGUUUGUACAACUCAUGUAAAAUAUUGUACAAUAAAAGUAUUGAGUCUAUAGAUGAGGCAAUAAUGACA